CUACUUGCGCGUGUUCGCGCCCAUAAUUCACAGGACUUUCUACUCUCCCGACACUCCGUAGUUGAAGUAGGCCAGACGGCUUCCUGUAGGGUGUCCGUGGAAUACGGCCAGGCGCUAGUUCUGUAUGCUGCGCAGUGCAUUCAACCAAGCACGAUCUGCGACCUCAUUUUCAAUCUUGGCUUUAUAUCCUCUUGCCUUAAUGUUGACCUGUCAUCUGGCUCUGGUAGGGCUUCGACCAGACGAUAUGAGCAGUCUUUCGCUACGGCCACCCAGGAGGAUGGACCAUUUUCCUGUCAAUUUUUUGAAGUGCAUCUCAACGAGUUGACAUCAGUUGAGGACUUGAAAUCCAGUCUUUACAGUCUGUAUGGCGUCGUUUUGGCUAACGACCUCGGAGAAGAUGGCAAAUUUGCCGUUUGGUUCCUUUCUCGUCUCACGUCAGCAGACGAUAUUGCGGAGGCUCUUCAGCGAAGCGGUAUUCGCGCGACUCCAGUGCUGUCAGCGACCAAUAACACGGAAGAGCCGAAACUACCGGCAGAAAUGACAUACCCCCUCUCUUCUCAGUUCGCCACUGAAAACGGCAAUCUUCCCGGAGCUUCAACGCAGCAUUUUAUACUUUCUGAUCUUGUCCCAUCCAGCUCCCUAAUAGAGACAGUUGAAUCUUUGCCGCUGAACGAUACCGAUCGAAAAUAA